AGUAUUUUAUAGCACUGCAUGACGAGAGCUGUUUAUUGUGUAUUAUAUAUAUAUGUUUAGUUAUUCGUUAUAUUGAAUUAUAUCUACAUACAACGAACUAAAAAAUCGCAGAAGCAAAUUAAUAAAGUUUUGGUUGAGUACUGUGGAUUGCCUGCCCAUCGAUAACUGCAAGCACGAGUUGAGCUGAUCUAUUGCACGUCUGCACACACUGGCGAACAGCUGAUUAGCUGACCGACUUUGACGUUUGCCAGCUCUGUUUUGGGUGAAAAGUCUCAAAGUUACUUAAAAAAUAAUAAUGCUUAAUAUAUUUAAGCGUUCGGUGGCUGGGGCAGGCGCCCAACUUUUCAAGACGCCAACAUCGAUUGCAGCAACAACCUGCAGCAACAUUCUUAGCUCAAACCAGCAACGCAAUGCAGCAAAAUGGUAUCCCGAUCCGGAAUUUAUUAAACAAUUCAGCGGUCCCGUUAUGUAUCCCGAUGAAGUCACCUCGCUGUGGAAGGUGCCGCCAUGGAACAGCAAAGUGGUGCCCGUUGAGAAAUCGGUGCGCAAUCUAACACUGAAUUUUGGGCCCCAGCAUCCAGCUGCUCACGGCGUAUUGCGACUCGUGCUCGAAUUGGAUGGCGAGACGGUGAUGCGUGCAGACCCCCAUAUUGGCCUCCUGCAUCGCGGCACUGAAAAACUUAUUGAGUAUAAGACUUAUACUCAAGCAUUGCCAUAUUUUGAUCGAUUGGAUUAUGUGUCGAUGAUGUGCAACGAGCAGUGCUAUUCACUCGCUGUUGAGAAACUGCUCAAUAUUGAGGUGCCGCUGCGCGCCAAAUACAUUCGAACAUUGUUUGGCGAAAUCACUCGGAUUCUGAAUCACAUAAUGGCUAUUGGCACCCAUGCGCUGGAUGUGGGUGCUUUAACUCCAUUCUUCUGGUUGUUCGAGGAACGCGAGAAGAUGAUGGAGUUUUAUGAGAGAGUCUCUGGCGCUAGAAUGCAUGCAGCCUACAUCAGACCAGGAGGAGUCUCGCUAGAUAUGCCACUGGGUUUAAUGGAUGACAUUUAUGAGUUUGCCUCCAAGUUUGCCGAACGGCUCGAUGAAGUUGAGGAUGUAUUAAGCACAAAUCGUAUUUGGGUUCAGCGCACCGAAGAUAUUGGAAUUGUUUCCGCCGAGGAGGCGCUAAAUUACGGCUUCAGUGGCGUCAUGCUUCGUGGCUCGGGCAUCAAAUGGGAUCUGAGAAAACAGCAGCCAUACGAUGCGUAUGAUCUGGUGGAUUUCGAUGUCCCAAUUGGAACCAAAGGCGAUUGCUACGAUCGCUAUUUGUGUCGCAUAGAGGAAAUGCGUCAGUCCCUGAGAAUCAUUGAUCAAUGCUUGAAUCAAAUGCCCGCUGGCGAAAUUAAAACAGACGAUGCCAAAGUGACGCCUCCUACUCGAUCCGAAAUGAAGACGUCGAUGGAGGCGCUCAUCCAUCAUUUUAAGCUCUUCACGCAGGGCUAUCAGGUACCACCGGGUGCCACCUACACGGCCAUUGAGGCGCCCAAAGGCGAAUUUGGCGUCUACCUUGUAUCCGAUGGUUCGAGUCGUCCCUAUCGCUGCAAGAUUAAGGCGCCGGGCUUCGCUCAUCUGGCCGCCCUCGAGAAGAUUGGCAAGCAGCACAUGUUGGCCGAUGUGGUCGCCAUCAUUGGCACUCUCGAUGUCGUCUUUGGCGAAAUCGAUCGGUAGGAAAUAUAUAUAUGUGUGUUUCAUAGUUUAAACGACACUUGAGUCUGUUACUAAACUUUUGAAGAUUGCGAUGAAUAAAUAUUAAUGUGGGUACAGCACCCAACAACAAAAAAAGUCUAAAA